CACAUAAUCGUCGACCGAAGAAAGAUGCAGACAAACGUGGAUAAUAGUCUCCGGUAAAAAGUUAUUUAUUGUAGGUAGAGAAGAAAUUUCGUUCGACCGGUCGGUCAUUUUUGGACACCCAGUGCACCUCUGUUCUAUUAUCCCACGCGCGCUGCAGCGAUGCUGUUGCCCAGCUGCACUUUACUUCUUCUGGCGGUUAUCUCCCUCAGUAUACAAGAGACAAACGCUAAGGGAGGAGGAGAUUGUUCGGGUUCAUCGUGUGGAAAGUGUGACUGCAAUGGGGUCAAAGGGCAAAAGGGCGAGAGAGGAUUUCCUGGUUUGCAAGGCACCAUGGGAUUUCCAGGGAUGCAGGGACACGAAGGACCUCCCGGGCCAAUGGGACCAAUGGGUGAGGAUGGCUUAGUAGGAGCACCAGGACUGAAAGGAACACGCGGACCACCAGGGUUGCCAGGAUUUCCAGGAAACCCAGGAUUACCAGGCAUUCCAGGUCAGGACGGACCCCCUGGUCCUCAAGGAAUCCCAGGAUGCAACGGAACAAAGGGAGAGGCCGGAUUGCAUGGAAUCCCCGGUGUCCCAGGUCUUCAGGGCCCUUCUGGUCACCCUGGUUUUCCAGGAAUGAAGGGUGACCCUGGCGGUGUCAUGGGCAUCAUUCCCCAGAAAGGUGAACCAGGAAGACCUGGAAACCCAGGCCAGUCUGGAUACAAAGGAAGCCCAGGCCUUCCAGGACCUCAAGGACCUCAAGGACCAGUCGGAUCAAGAGGUUUUCCAGGCUCACCUGGUCCAAAGGGAGACAAGGGUGACAGGCUGUCUUUCCAAGGCGAGAAGGGGCAGAAGGGUGAGGCUGGCCUUCGAGGGCCACCCGGUCCCCCAGGGCCAACAAACGAGCAAACAGGCACCGUCACCAUCACCAUCCCUGGCCCAGAGGGAAGCAAAGGAUCCAGAGGAGAUAAAGGCGAUAAAGGUUAUUGUCUCCCAUAUGCCAAUGAUGUUAAAGGAGCACAAGGCCCACCUGGACCCAGAGGAAAACCAGGAAAAGAUGGUGAACCCGGACAGAAGGGAGAGGGGGGAUACCCUGGCAACAAUGGCCUACCUGGGCUACAGGGCGAGAAAGGAGAGAAAGGACCUCCAGGAUACGGUGGUGGCCCACCUGGUCCGCCUGGUCUCCCUGGCCCCCCCGGCCCUGAGGGAGAGAGAGGAUUCCCUGGUGUACAGGGUGAUGCAGGACCUCCUGGCUUGAACAUUGAAGGCCCUAAAGGAGAGAGAGGUCUCCCUGGAGAGAUCGGGCAAAAGGGAGACAGAGGCGCCGAUGGCGGUUCACUUCCUGGACCACCAGGUCGAAACGGCAUCCAGGGUCAACCAGGACCUCCCGGACCUCUAAGUGGCUUAUGUAACAUUGAGCGCGGCUUCCCUGGACCUCCUGGACCUUCCGGACUUCAGGGUGAAGUGGGACAGAAAGGUGACAGAGGUGACACCUGUGUGGAGUGCUCUGCUUUGGGAGUCCGAGGACCACCCGGCCCCCCUGGGCCCUCAGGAACUCAAGGAUACCCUGGCCCUGCUGGCUCCAAAGGAGAGAAAGGUCUACCUGGUACUCCUGGCGGUUUAGGUGAACCAGGUCGUGAAGGCACCCCAGGUUUGAUGGGCGCUCCAGGGCCUGUGGGCGAGCCGGGAGAUAUCUUUGUGGCUCCAGGGCUGAAGGGAGACAGGGGUAACCCUGGUCUGAAGGGCAGCCUCGGUCUGCCCGGUCUGGACGGGCAGCCAGGAAGAGAUGGCACACCUGGCGUACCGGGACCUAAGGGAGAGCCGGCCAAAUAUGGAAUUAAGGGUGAGCGUGGUCGUGAUGGACAACCAGGUUCGUCUGGAGCCACAGGUGAGAGGGGACCCCCAGGUCAGCCAGGCUUCGGACGGCCAGGUCUGUCCGGAGAGAAGGGAAGCCCCGGGUCACCAGGAGUGCCAGGAAACCCCGGAUUACCAGGUCCCAAAGGAGAACCUGGAAAAGGUGUGAGCUCACCUGGACCACAAGGAUCACCUGGACCAAGAGGACAGGAUGGCCGGCCUGGCAUUCAAGGUGACCGAGGAGCCCAGGGUAACCCAGGAACACCAGGGUAUCAGGGACUGAAGGGUGAACCUGGCCAACCUGGCAUUGGACUUCCUGGCCCCUCUGGGCCUAAAGGCUAUUCCGGAACUCCGGGAGCACCAGGGCUUCCAGGAGAAGCUGGUCGACCAGGACGGGAUGGUAACCCAGGUCUGCCUGGAUUUGCUGGACCCAAGGGUGAACCAGGACGAGGACUUCCAGGACCUAAGGGGUCCAUGGGUCAACCAGGAACUCCUGGCUUCCCAGGGCCGAAAGGAAACCCCGGAGCUCAAGGUGUUCCUGGCAUUGAAGGGCGAACUGGUCCCCCUGGUCCUGCUGGAAUUAAAGGUGAUUCCGGUCCCCCAGGACGGCCGGGUCAAGAAGGGCCAGCUGGACCUCCAGGAUUUGGGGAGCCAGGACCAGCUGGGCCCAUGGGACCUGCAGGAGAACCUGGACCUUUUGGCACAAGUGGUGUGAAAGGCGAGAAAGGUUACCCAGGUGCUCCUGGCCUGGACAUGCCCGGCCCUCAGGGAGACAAGGGGCUAUCCGGAGCCCAAGGAAUACCAGGUUCCAAAGGGUUACCAGGGCGACCUGGUCUCCCUGGACGAGACGGGUUCCCUGGACAGCAAGGUCCCAAGGGAGACAUGGGAAUGAUGGGCACACCUGGCUUACCUGGAAAACCAGGAAUGCCUGGAAACCCCGGCCUACCUGGUCAAAGAGGUGACCCUGGACUGUCUGGGCCUCGGGGAGAGUUUGGUGAGGCAGGGCCCAAGGGAGACAGAGGUGACCCAGGACUAAGGGGCCCGCCCGGCAACAUCAGCGACACUGAGAUGGAGCACAUGAAGGGAGAGAAGGGUGACCAUGGAGACAGAGGCGACCCUGGACAGCAUGGUCAACCGGGCUACCAAGGUGUGCAAGGAGAAAAAGGAACGUCCGGAAAAGAUGGAGAGGCUGGAUUACCUGGUACACCAGGUGACAAAGGUGACCCUGGUUUCCCUGGAGAGCCUGGAGCCACAGGAGAGCCUGGACCGCAAGGUGGCAUGGGAGCCAUGGGGUUGCCAGGUGGGCAAGGUCCGAAGGGUAGUAAAGGAGGAAUCGGAACGCCCGGACAUCCUGGUUUCAGAGGGGAGGAUGGUACCAAAGGUGACAAGGGUGACGCCGGGUUGCCAGGCAUUGGUGUUCCCGGACUACCUGGUGAAAAGGGUACAAGCGGCUUCCCAGGACAGCCAGGUGUUCCAGGGUCCAAAGGAGAGAAGGGUGGUGAAGGACUCCCAGGAAUGCCCGGAUCACCUGGGCAGAAAGGAGACUCUGGUCGAAUUGGAUAUCCAGGAAGUCCUGGCCGACCUGGAGAGAAAGGUGUUCAUGGGUUGCCGGGGGUACCAGGAGAACCUGGCCUUUCAGGACGACCAGGUGACCCAGGUUUGCAGGGCCCUCCAGGAGGCAAAGGAGACAAGGGUGAGCCUGGUAAGGACGGCUAUCCAGGAUCGUCGGGAGAGAAAGGCGACUCAGGUAUCCCAGGCUCAGGUCAGCAGGGACCUCCUGGAGAGUUUGGGCCCAAAGGUGACAAAGGAAACGCUGGAUUUCCAGGCACACCUGGCCACCCCGGCGUCCCCGGUAUCAAAGGUGACAAAGGACUUCCAGGCCACCAGGGCCAGCCAGGCCAGCCUGGAGACAGAGGCCUGCCUGGACCUUCCAUGGAGGGGGCCAAGGGAGACAGAGGAGCCCCCGGUGUCCCUGGAGAAGCAGGUGCUGUUGGUGCUCCGGGUCUUCCUGGCGUUGCUGGCAGUGUGGGCAACAAAGGAGAGAAGGGAGAUCAAGGCUUCACAGGAGCUCAGGGAGACCAGGGCCUCAAGGGAGACAGGGGUCUACCAGGAAUCCCCGGUGAACCUGGUCUCCCAGGCUACAAUGGCGUCAAAGGAGAAAUAGGCGUCCAGGGUUUCGUUGGGUUCCCAGGACCGAAGGGUGAGCAUGGAGGUGUUGGCGUGCAAGGAGAGACUGGAGACAGAGGAUACCCCGGGGCUAAAGGUAACGAUGGACCCCCAGGGCCUCCUGGUCCUUCUAUCUUCGUCAAAGGAGAGGUCGGCUUCCCAGGACUUCAGGGACCAGCAGGACCGGCUGGCACCCAGGGAUACCAAGGAGCAAAGGGGCUUCAAGGUCAAUCUGGGCCAAAGGGUCCCAAGGGUGACGAUGGAACUCCUGGCUACAACGGCCAUCCUGGAGCCAAAGGAGAGCGUGGUACAUCUGGACUCACAGGACCCAGAGGGAUGCCCGGCCCCCCAGGUCCCGACGGCACACCUGGCCACGUGGGCCCCCCCGGCCCCUCCUCUAUGGACCACGGCUUCCUGGUGACACGCCACAGCCAGACGGUGGACGUACCCCAGUGCCCCUACGGCACCAACUUGAUCUACGACGGCUACUCGCUGCUUUACGUGCAGGGCAACGAGAGAUCCCAUGGGCAGGACUUGGGUACGGCCGGCAGCUGCCUGAGGAAGUUCAGCCCCAUGCCCUUCCUCUUCUGCAACCUGAACAACGUGUGUAACUUUGCCUCGCGUAACGACUACUCCUUCUGGCUCACCUCCCCAGAGCCCAUGCCCAUGAGCAUGGCCCCCAUCACCGGACAGAGCAUCAAGCCCUUCAUCAGCAGGUGUUCCGUGUGCGAAGCUCCUGCUAUGGUCAUUGCGGUGCACAGUCAGUCCAUCCUCAUCCCUGCCUGCCCAACGGGCUGGGACUCGCUGUGGAUCGGAUACUCCUUCGUCAUGCAUACGAGUGCAGGUGCUGAGGGUUCGGGCCAGGCUCUGGCGUCCCCUGGCUCCUGCCUGGAGGAGUUCCGCUCGGCGCCCUUCAUCGAGUGCCACGGCCACGGCACCUGCAACUACUACUCCAACUCCUACAGCUUCUGGCUCGCCACCAUCGACGACCACGAGAUGUUUACGAAACCCAACCCUGCGACCCUGAAGGCGGGCGAGCUGCACACGCACAUCAGCAGGUGCCAGGUGUGCAUGAAGAGGACAUAAGGCAGUCUGGUCCACCACCACCACCACCCCACGCCACGACACUGCACACCCAACACAGUACAUUUUGCCCAUGCAUUCAACACUCAGAGAGUUGAUGUUAUAAUGCCUACCCAGAGUGUUGAUUAUACUCUGUGUUGAAUGAACAUUGCAAAAUAUAUUGUGCACCCCCCUGCCCAAUAGGGCCCAUCCUGCCCCCCUCCCACUCCCCACCCUGUCUUGUCCUGCCGUCCAGCCCGUUACGCCAUGGGUUUCCUUAGAAUGUUUUAAAUUUUUUUGUAAAAAACAGUAUUUUUGUUCUUACAAUGAUAUAGAGUAAUCACAUAAAUACAAAUACACUCACAAGAUAGGAUGGUGCUAUUGUUUUUCUUCUUCACAAGGACGAUGGACUGAUCAACAGAAAAAAAGAGAAAGAGAACAAAACAGAUUGGUGGAUGGAUGGAUGGUGAAAAGGGUGCAUCAUCGUCAUUGUGCAAAGAGCAAAAAAAGGAAACAAGAAAAAGAAGAAAAAUAUAACCCCCCGCCUUCCUUCCUUCAUUCCUCCCAUCUACCCAAGACCUGAAUAUCUUCCUCCCCUAUGUAGAACAUUCUAGCGCAUAUUGCCGCCCCGUGACAGUCCCGUCCUUUUGAGUGGAGCCCACUUGCGUCUGCACUGAGUACCCCCCUCGUUUAUGAACCCCCCUACCCCCAAAACGGGCCCCUCAGAGACUGGACAGGGGUCAGGUGCUAUCCAUGAACAUAAUCAGCCUUUAUUUCACCUUGCAAACCUAAAAGAUAUUCUAGACAAAUCUUUUUUUUGUUUAUAUAUUUGUUUAUUGUCUUUUCAUUUAAGAAAAAAAACUCAUGCCACUUAAAAAUAUCACCAACAGGUAUUGUGCUGUUUUCUUUUGUUUUUCUAAAUCUUUUGUACUUUUCUGUUGUCAUUAUUUUUAACAUAUGCAUACUUAGUAUCGUUUUUGGUAACACAUGUUGCAGCAAAACGAUUCAUUGGAUUUUUUUUUCACCAUAAGUUAUAGAGUCCUGGUUGCUAGCACUAAGUUACAAAGCGCAUUGCUAAAGCUUUGUUGUAAAUAUACUGCUUUUUUCUUCUUUAUUACUUAACACCAUGCCACUGUAUUCUCGUCAGGUAAAUGCAAUAAUUUGUGUGUAAUUUUUUAUUUAUGAAGAAACAAAAGAUCAUGAGCAUAUAUUGAGACCAAGUGGGAUUUUGUAGAAGGAGGAGAAUAGCAAUAGUAUCUUAAGUAUGACAUGGCAUUCUGGAUAAUAGUAACAGCAAUGGUAUCCAGUAUGUACCCCCCCUCCCCCAAUCUCCCGACCCUCUCCUCCCCAAACCUCUUUUUUACAACGACCCCUCCCAUUCCCAACACUGGUUGUCUGCAAACAGGCGAAUGGUGGGAAGACUGGUUGGUAGUAGGCUGGUGGUGAAUCAACGAUCAAUGCUUUUUUAAGCUCUGUGCUGAUGUGGGUGUGUAGCUUGUUUGUUCAUCGUCGUGGCUUCGGUUACGGUUACAGCCUCACCUGUUUGUUUGUUUCUGUUCAGGGACAGGUUCAGGCACAACCACGUCAGGCAAAAGUGUAGGGGUGGCAACAAAACAUGUUUUCCACAGCACACGGUCACGUUUGUGUGUUUGUGUGUCAGGGAAUGCGAGAGACAGUGCCUGGUGUGCACUAUGUGCAACUUGCUUUAUCAUUGUUUUCUCCUAAAAUGGUCAAGGUUUGUACAAACUAAACACACACUUUUGUUUUGGCAAGGUUAAGGGGCGUAAUGGUUAAUAGUCUCCUGUGACCUUGCGUGUUUGUGUAUUUUGUGUAGAGUAGAACAUUUAGUAGAUUAGUGUUUGUGUGUGUGUGCGUGUGUGUGUGUGUGUGUGUGUGUGUGUGUGUGUGUGUGUGUGUGUGUGUGUGUGUGUGUGUGUGUGUGUGUGUGUGUGUGUGUGUGUGUGUGUGUGUGUGUGUGUGUGUGUGUUGUAGCUCUCCACAAUAACUGUCACUUUUGAAGUGGUUGAUCGUCACAAGCAGCCCCCACCUGCCUCCCAGUCCGUCCUCCCUGUUUUAACCAGUGUUGGAUUCCGAAGUCAUCCCCAGCUUAACGCCAAAGAAAAAAACAUGAAAUACACACAUUAUAUGUAUGUAUGUGUAUAAUAGCUGCGCCCCGGUUGUUACACUGAUAAUACUUGACUAUGCCAAGAUCGCUAACAGCAAUCUAGCCCCUCAACUCAUAGGCUGCCCUCCGAUUUGUUCCUCCGGUUGCUUCCUCUGGCCUCUGACCUCGUUACACCGCAACAGGAUGUGUUUUUAAUCCAGGGUCUUGCAAAAAAACACAAUUCAGAAUUGAAUCUCUCAUUUGCUAUCAGGAUAUCAAAUGGGGAGGAAAAGCCCACGGUGAGCUGCUUGACAGCAGAAAAACAUUUUGUGUUUCCUGUGGUUUCCUCCACAGGAUGAGGGCUGAGAGAGCUAAGGAACGAGGUGGGAGGAAACAGCUGAAGGGAACCGAUUGAGAGGCACCCUUGUUUUGCGUACCUGUGUCUCCUGAGUGCUCUCAGUGAGGUUGCUCUGAUGGGGACGUGGUGGAGAAGGAAGGACAGAUACAGUUAGCUGCCGUGGCAGCUUGGCCUUGCAGUGACACUCGGGCCUUUUACUUAGUCUAGACUCAAAGAAAAAAAGCCAUAUAGUACAGGUCAAGAGCAGCGAAAUUGUUUUUACAUCUAGUGCGUGUUUGUAGCUGCUUUCUCAGGGCCGCGCUGCUCUCCAGAAUCCCCCAUGCGUGCCUGGUGAAGACAAGAGGUUGUUGCUAGAGAGAAGCUUUUAUUCCUCUUAACCCAUUUUGACACAGUGGGGCCAUCUCAAUGUCAAGUGUUCUAACCUUGCUAGGACGUGAAACGCCUGGUGAUUGGAUACUCUGCAGAGUUCACCAAAGAGUAUCCAAUCACUGGGCGUUUCACGUCCUAGCAAGGCUAGAACACUGGGCAUUGAGAAUGUCCCAGUUCCAUACAUUUUCGGUUACCAGAAUGGCAAUGACCAAGUUGUAGUGUAUUGCUGAAGGCCCUGUGUUAUGUCAUAGUAGUGCAGUACUAAGAUAGUUAACUUUUCAAUGACUGUUACAGCGUUCCACUGGUGGAACAGUGUGCAUUAUGGGGCUACACUCAUUUCUUUGUCUUUUUCCUCUCCUCUUCUUCCUCCUCUUUUUUUCCUUCUGCUGCCAUUCUUAUCACUCUCCAUCUUUGUUUUUCUCCAUCUUUUCUGCCCCUUGAGCCAUUCCACUUGAAAAGUGAUAGAAUUUAGAACACUGAAGUCAGUGCUUCCUUCUGACGAUCAUGCUGUGUCAUAUUUUUGUCCCUCCAACUGUCACCCAAUGUCAGGGUCUUUUUUCCGAUGGUGUUGCUUCUGCUUUCCUCAACUUUUGCUCUUUCUGGGCAUGUGUGUGCGGACCAAUGACUGUAAGCAAAAUGUUACGUAGUCUACACAGAGUCAAUGGUCUAGGACUUUGUUGUCAUGCUACAGGCUGAACUGAACUGACUGACUCUUCCCAUGAGUCCCUUUGAGAGACACAGGUGCCCCAUGCCCCAUGUGCCUUGACUAACCACCUAAAAUAGUUUUUUUACUCUCCUCUCCCACUCUGUCACUUCCCAUUCCCAAAUUGUGUAAAUCAAUAAAUAAAAUGAUUUGUAUAAAUGG